GUGCUCUGUUGCCCCGGAGGGGCGUUGACGGGAGGAGAGGGAAACCGCUGGGAAGGGUCGCCAGGCUCGCAAAUUUCGCGGUUCAGGGAUUUGGAACCACGUUUUGGUGGAGUUCGGUUGAACAAUAGACCCGUCUUUGUGAAGCUCUCCGUGUUGCUUCUUCCCAUCUCCAUUUCAGUACUUGAAUGCCCAAUUAACCCGUGUGUUCUACAACUGUUACAUAUAGGUUAUAUGUCCAUUUCAUUGAGCUGCAUUGACUGGCAAUUUUGAGGUGCCUAGUUUCCCUCCCUUUUUAGGCCAACCUUUGCUAGUGUAGUGACGUUCCCAGUAGUAAUUUUGCGUGAAAGAAUGUCUGACACAAGACACAAGAUAUUCAUCAUCAGAGCCACAGGAGGUGCCAGCAAGCCUGAAACAAAGGAGAGGAGACUGGAAGCCCUGCGACUGAGACACCCAAGGACUGGAGGGGCCACUGGCUUUCUGCUUGACUCAGACUCAAAGGAUAUGCUACAGAUUGAAAUUUGUGAUAACAGUCCCAGGUCGUGGCUGGUCGGCUCGGCGGUGGAGACGGACGGGCAGAUGCACGUCUGCACGCCGUUCGACCCGCUCUUCGUCGUGCUGUCGUACAUGCAGAAGAGUCAGUACGCCGAGCAGCUGGAGCAGCUGCUGACCGACAGCGAGUUCCCGGACGCGCGUCGGCUGACUGAGCUGGUCGACAGCCGUCGACUCGCGCUCAUCGCCGAGAGCAAGGGGGACGCCGAGUUGCAAGCGUUCAAGUACAGCGAGGAGCGGACGCUGGCCUGGCUGGAGCGCAAGACGCGCCGGCUGGCCGCCCUGCUGGAGACCAAGCGGCUGCACGGCACCAGCGGCCAGGCCGCCAGCUUCGUCAAGGUGGCGCGGCAGGACGCCGGACAUGAGGCGUACCUGGAGUUCGCCUGCGGCAUCACGUCCGACUGCCUGAGCGGUGCGCUGGGGACCGCGCUGCGCCGCCGGCUGCAGCUGCCCGAGCGCAAGGCCCGCAGUCAGCCGUCGGAUGAGGGAGACCGGCUGGCCAGGAAGCGGCCGCGCGCCCAGCUCACCCCGCUCGAGGACUACGGCCAGCCGACGCCGCUCGGUCAGAAGGACGCGACGCCUCAGAAUGCGAAGCAGAAGGCGUUGGCGAAGUCGGCGGUCGGUACCAAGAGCAUUACGUCAUUUUUCAAGAAGAAGUGAUAGUUAGGAUAGCGAACAGCCGCGAUUUCUACUGUGGUGGCAUGACUUGUAAACAUUCCCGCCAAAACUCGUGCCGAAUACAUACCAUUUUUUA